UUUAACUCCUUCCCCAAGUUUUCACACCAAAAUCCCGAUUCUCCUUUAACAAAUUUCUUUUCUUUUCUUAUUCCUCUUCUUACAGUUUUUUCAAUUCAAUAUCACUUCAUAAAUCCAUCACUCAAAUAUCAAUUCAAUAAAGCAGAAUUUGUAUAGAAUGGGCGGCGGAAGCGGUGAUAGCACAGCAGUGACAGACGGUGGUGGCGCCGGUGACGCCGUUACCGUUAACAUACGGUGUUCUAACGGCAAUAAGUUUACCGUUCAGGUAACCCUAGAUUCUUCUGUUGAAAACUUCAAGUCCGUUUUAGCACAAAACUGUGAUAUUCCUGCACCACAGCAACGCUUGAUUUAUAAAGGACGGAUUCUUAAAGAUGAUCAAACACUUACCAGCUACGGCUUGGAGGCAGAUCACACUGUUCACUUAGUACGUGGUUUUGUGCCUGCUACCGCCACCCCAGCAGCCGGUGCACCCAUAGGUGCAAAUACUACUACACCACCUGUUGCUGGGCAAGUUGACGGUGGAACUACUGUAGGUGGAACCGGGCUUGGUGCUUCCCCAUUUUCUGGACUGGGUUUGGGUGGUCUGGGCGGUUUGGGCGGUAAUGGUGGCGUGUUUGGGGCUGGACUUCCAGAGUUGCAACAAAUGCAGCAACAGCUGACUCAGAACCCUAACAUGAUGCGAGACAUAAUGGACAUGCCUCUUGUUCAGAAUUUAUUAAAUAACCCAGAUGUCAUGCGCAACAUGAUGAUGAAUAACCCUCAAAUGCGUGAUGUCAUCGAGCGGAAUCCAGAGCUUGGUCACAUGCUCAAUGAUCCGGCAAUCCUGCGUCAAACAAUGGAGGCUGCCAGAAACCCUGAGAUCAUGCGUGAAAUGAUGCGUAACACAGACAGAGCAAUGAGUAAUAUUGAAUCUUCUCCUGAAGGUUUUAACAUGCUUAGGCGAAUGUAUGAAAAUGUCCAGGAGCCAUUUCUGAAUGCAACCACGGGCGGUGGUGAUACAGGGAAUGAUUUGAACUCCAAUCCUUUUGCAGCUCUUUUGGGUGGUGGCAUGGGGGCCCCAGCCCGUGAUCAGGUAGCUAAUCCUACAACCACUGGUGCCGAGACAGCUACUGGUUCUCCUGCUCCAAAUACCAACCCACUUCCCAAUCCUUGGGCUGCAGGUGGUGGUGCAGUUAACCAAACAAAUGCAGCUGCAACAAACCCUGCUGGGACUGGUAGGUCCCCGGCAGUCGGUGGGUUAGGUGGACUUGGCGUUCCAGGUCUUGAGGCAUUGCUUGGUGGUGCUACCCCUGAUCCCAAUUCAGUGAGCCAGCUUAUGCAAAACCCAGCUAUUUCUCAGAUGAUGCAAAGUCUUCUUUCAGACCCACAAUAUAUGAAUUCGAUACUUGGACUUAAUCCACAAAUGCGAAGCAUGCUUGAUUCAAACCCCCAGUUGAGAGAAAUGAUGCAAAAUCCCGACUUCAUUCGUCAAUUAACUUCUCCAGAGACCAUGCAGCAAAUGAUGACACUACAACAGUCUCUUUUAUCCGGACUUGGUCAGCAACAACCCACACGAGAUAUUGGUCAAACUGGAGGAGCAACAGGUUCUCCCAAUAACAUGAAUCUGGAUAUGCUUAUGAACAUGUUUGGCGGCCUUGGAACCGGAGGCUUUUCAACACCGAACCCCUCAAAUGUGCCUCCGGAAGAACUGUAUGCCACCCAGCUUGCACAACUUCAAGAAAUGGGUUUUUUCGAUACCCGGGAGAAUCUUCAAGCACUGACAGCCACCGCAGGUAAUGUUCAUGCUGCGGUUGAGCGGCUACUGGGAAAUCUUGGUCAAUAAGAAUCUGUGAGCCGUUAAUAUAUUAUAAGUUAAAUACAUAUAUACCAUAUCAUCGAAACCAUGGGGAACUGGUCUGUUUGUAUCCGAGCUUGCAUCACAAAGAUAUUCCUUAUUUAGGUGCAUGAAUGCUUUUUCUGGAUGAUCUUGGAAAUUGCCUUCCCUGUUUUCCUAUUCUGUAAUUCGUAAACAAGAAUAAUUAUGUAAGUAAAUUCGUCGCUCUUGUGGUAAUAUAUCAAAGAAUUGACAGUGGUAA